AACACAGUGAACUUUCACUCUGCUAGUAACCAUGUACAGGGAAAUUAGCUGGGGCUGGGGAAACUAGGUAUGAAAGAAUAAACAGAGAAAAGACUAUCGACAAAGUUCCAACAAAACCCUGCUGAAGCACUGUUUAAACAAACUAGACACGCCUCUCAGAUCAUUUCAACCCUGGUUUGGCUAUGAAUACACCACAGACAGUCUUCUGUGAUUGCCUGCGCGUGCAAAGUGCCAAAGUAACGAGAAGGAAAGGCCCUGACAGUGGCCAUGGAAGAGAGUCUGCCAAUCCGAGUGUAAGGAUGGGAUCUGUCCCUCUUAAUCAAGCUGCCAGUGGAAAUGCACCUCACCAGUGUAUCUCAGCCAGCCCCAGGAUUACGACUGAGCGUCCAGCAUCAAGGCCAAGAUUGAGUCCAGCUGCAGGCAGAUCUACUGCAUCUUCCAGGAGCAAGAGACAGCCCUUGAGCAGACCAAGUAAAUGGCAAUGGAAAGAGAAUGAAGUGGAGACUGUAGAGCUCUCCCCAGGGUACCUCCUGUCGAGGGGAAAAAAUCAUUUCUCUGUCACCCUGAUGGAGGAGUUUUUGUCUCGCUCCAGGCCGCAAAUGCCUGAAGAACAUAGAUCACCAGAUAAGGAGGAGCUUAUAAAGGACCUGCAGGAACAGAUCUGCAAGCUGGCUGCCCUGCUAGCCGAUGAGCAGAAAGCCCAUCGGCUCUCUUGCAAAACGCUCACCAGAGAGGCAGAAGAGAUCACCCUGAAGAUGUUACAGCAGCAUCAGCAUAACAUCAGGGAGCUCCAAGAAGCCCACAACGCACAAAUAGACACCCUACGCGCCACCCUUAAGAGGACCUCAGAGUCAGAGAAGAUCAGCGCAGAAGAGCGAUAUGUGCUCCUGGAGAAAGACUACGAAUUCCUCAAAAGUGCCUUUUGUACAUACAAGGACAGUGUCAUGGAGGAAAUGGAGUCGAAGUGGUUCGAAAGAGAGAAUGACUGGAGGGAGAAAAUUGAAAAGGAGAAAACAAUCAGACUUCUUCAACACAAUCAGGAGCUGGAGGAGUUGCAGAAGGAGAAGGAAGAGAGGAGGGAACAGUCUGAGAAACAGUUUGAGAAACAGAUUGCUGAGCUCAUGAAAGAGUACCAAAAGAGAAUUCAGGCACUGAAUGAGAGCAGAGAGAACACAGAGACCACGGUGGUGACUGACACCAGUGUCCCGGGGAAUACAGCCGAGGAGCUCAAGGCCCUACAAGAUGAAUUGGCUGAAAACAAGACAAGAAUCGGCAGCAUGAACACUGCCCUCAAACAAGCACAGCGCGAACUGCAAGUCGCGAAAGGUAAGCUGAUAGAAUCUGAACAAAACUAUGAGCAGAGAAUCUCGGAAAUGGAUAACCGAUAUCAGAAUCGAAUCCAUGGCCUGAUGAAUGAAAAUGCUGACUUGGGACGUAGAUUCUUCCUCAAGUGCGAGGAGCUUCUUGAAGAACGGAGCAAGGCAAAGCGCGAGACCUUGGCUAGGGAGCUCAAAGCCAAGGAGAAUAUCAAUUCAGAACUGCAGGGCCAGACAGGGCAGGGUGAAGAGCCCAAAGACACCUCUCAAGAUAAAGCCAGGCUGUUCACAGUACCGUAAAACAAGAAACGCACUCUGCAGAGCAAGCAACCGUAACACUGAAAUAAACUCGGGCAGCUCAUCAUGUCAGCUUAUUUAUUUAAAGCAGGGCUGUCUAACAGAGAUCUCUUCAGUCAUAUAUAGCUCACUGAGCUCCACAAUAUUGCUCUUUUAAGGGUGUUAAUGGGUUUGAAAAGAAUACAAGGACAGUCCAGUAAAACAGAGCUAACAUAGCUAAAUACAGAGCUAAAUACAGAAUAGGGGGUCUUAGCAAACUACUGUACACCAAUUUAAGGUUACAGUCGAAGUGUUCUUCAUAUUGUAUUAAAUUUGUGUUAGUGAUUUUUUGCCUUUAAGAGACCACUGGCUGUCGGUGUGGCUCUUUAAAUAAAAAGGCUGGGCAGUUGCUAUUGUAAGAUAGUGAGCUGCUCUAGGAUUAUAUAACUGCUGUAUAUUAGGAAUAGCAAACAUAAAAGCAAUACAUAUAAACAUUACAUUUGUACUGACUACUCUAAAUAUAGAAUACACUCCUAUUUAUCACUAGGUAACAAGGUAUUAUGUAGAGUGUGUGCUUGCAACAGUUUUUUUUUUUCAUAUUCUAGUAUGCACAUUGUCUAUCAGUGUUUAAAAAAGUGGUCUUCAGGUUUUCACGUGGGCCAGUGAACAAAAGUGAAAAAAAAGGUUUAAGUGCCUCAAUAAUAAUAAUAACUAUUGUGAUUUACAAAUAAUGCACAUGACAAAUAAACAUGUAUAAUUAACAUAUUCAGAGAUAUAUGUAUUAUUUUAAACAGCCAAAUCCUGUAUUGAAAUAAUGCAUAAUACCUCUUGUGAAAGAUCCUCACUCUUUCUGGUUCUUUAUCAGCACGAUUGACUGACACACAGAAGAAUUUUAAUUUUUUAGUUUUGGUACCUAACUAAAAUCGGCCGGGCUAAGGAGUCUACCGAUUUAAAACAAUUCUUCAAACAAACACAAAGGUUUCCACACUACCUUUACAAAAGCAUACAGGUUUCUUUAGCCUCUCUCCUCACACAGACUGGAGACUGCCCUGAACAAACAUGUCACCCUGUUUAAAUAGUGGCCUGGUAAAUUACUGGCAGGUGACACUAAUUAAACUAAAAACAAAUUAACAGGUAGUCAAUUAAAUUAAACUAAUUACACCUGUGGUUGUGCAAACACUGCCACACACACAUUUAUCUGGCAGGGGCAGAAAUCAACCCUGUCCCUGCCAACUACCAAUUUCUUCAGGCAGGUAUAUGCCCUGCCACACAACCACCUCCUUGUGCGCAGCACACCGGCCAUUCCAAUGUCCCUGCUUGGGUAUGUAAAUAAUAAUUUGCUUCCCGCUUUCAAUAGCAGCUGUCUUCCUUAGUCGUGCUUGCUUGGCUCGGUCUCUCGCUCCAGUCGCUGGCGUUCUCUCUCCAGGCUUGUUUACACCGGACUCCAAG